UUGUUGCAAGUGCAAAGAAAUAAAUUGUUGGCGCCUUUAAUAACCGGCUUUCGUUAAGUUUUGUAAUCAGUGCUAUAAAGAAUCAGAAACAAAAUUUAGUGAAGCAGCAGACGAGGGUUAAAAUGACAACGAAUGGAACAAAUACUACUGAAGACACUGAAAUGGGUGAAUACGACGGGGACAAGGUUGUGACAAUGUUGGAUGUUUUGCAAGAAGAACAAGACUUUGAAGAGGACGCUAAUGCCGUCCUUGGUGCCUCCGAUGAUAAAAAUUGUUCUUACAGUAAGGGUUAUAUAAAAAGGCAAGCAAUAUAUGCCUGUAUGACAUGUUGUUCUGAUGCUAAAAUUGAUCCCCUGAAGAGAGCUGGAGUCUGCUUGGCUUGCAGUUUGACUUGCCAUGAGAAUCAUGAGUUGGUCGAAUUGUAUACGAAGAGAAAUUUUCGCUGCGACUGUGGCAAUGCAAAGUUCAACUCACAUCCUUGUAAAUUCAAUCCAAAUAAAACUGACCUGAAUGAAGAAAACAAAUACAAUCAAAACUAUAGCGGAUUAUAUUGCACUUGCCAUAGACCUUACCCUGACCCAGAAUCUACAACUGAAGAUGAAAUGAUUCAAUGCAUUAUCUGUGAGGACUGGCUUCAUGCAUCUCAUUUAGAUGCAGUUGUCCCUGAUGAACCAUAUUCUGAAAUGAUUUGUAAAGACUGUAUGGAGAAAAAUAGUUUUUUGCAUGAUUAUAGCAGUUUAGUUAUAACAACUGAAAGUGUAGACGUUGACAAUGUGAGCACUAGUGAUGCUAUCACCAUGGUAAAUGGCAUUCCAGAAAGUGAGGGAACAUCGGAAAAUACUAAAGUACAAGACGUUGAAAUGAAGAAUGAAGCAAAUCUAAACUUAAGUGACCAAACAAAUACUGAAAAUGCACUUCAGACUGAAAAUAAAAAUGAGUCGGUAAAUUCUGAAAGUGAUACAAUGAAGGACUCCACAAAUGAACUAGAAAAAGUAGAAAGUGAAGAUGUAAGUAAUGAAACUGAUUCCAAAACAACACCAGAAAUUGAAGAAAAAGAAAAUUCUUGUAUUGAAUCUGUAGAAGCCAAAACUGAGAAAGAUCAACUGACAGAAGAUAAAGUUACAAAUGUAAUUUCAGAGAAGACCACACUAAGUCCUGACCAGAAUAAAGUUGCUGGUGAAAGUAAUCUUUUAGAUAAUAAAGAUUUGUCAGUUGAUGAAGAAACAAUUGACAAUGGUACAAAAGAUGUCAACAAAGAAGAAAGUAAAGAACCUAUCCCACAAGACACAGAUGUAACCACUACAAACAAAGCUGACAGUGCCAAAGAGGAGCCUAUUACACAUGAUAAUGAAUCUAAAGAUAUUACUGACAAUGAUCUGAAAAUGGAAGAAGAGCUACUUAAGGACCCUACUGAUACAGAAGCACCUAGUAAUCAAAAACCAGAAGAAAUUGAUACUGAAAUAACAAAAUCAAAUAUUGAAAGUGACAAAGAACCAGUGACUGAUACAACCAAUGAAGCAGCUAUAGAUGCAGUCAAUGAACCAGCUAUAGAUACAACAAAUGACGCAGUUGUGAAUAAAACCAAUGAGGUAGUUAUGGAUACAACUAAUGAAUCAGCUAUGGAAAUGACCAAUGAACCAGCUAUGGAAACAACCAAAGAACCGGCUUUGGACCCAACCAUUGAACUACCUAUAGAUACAAUUACUGAACCAGUGGCAGUUACUGAAAAUAUACCAGUUAACGAAACUUUAAUGGAUGCGAAAGACGAGACAGAAAUGGAUGUUGAAAAGAAAAAAGAAAGUGAUUCAAGUGACAUGGAGAUACAACAAACUGUCUCUGACAAUCCUGAAACAAGCAGUACACAAACUAGUAACUUGGAAUCUCUCAAUACAUUAGAAACUGACACUCAACAAGAAAGAAUUACUGAUGAUGAUUCAACGAAUAUUGAAAAAGACAACACAAAGACUGAAGAAACUAAUUCUGUAAAUCAGUCUAAUGAGGAAAGUAAUGUUGGGAAUGUUGAUGAAACUGUUGCAAGUAGCAAUGAGAACAAAAGAAAGUUAACAGAGGAAGAAGGUAAAGAUGAUGGUGCAAAAAGGAUUAAACCUAAUGAAAGUAAAAUUUGUAUUAGGCCAAAAGGAAUAAAAAGAUACCUUAAAGGAGCAACAUUCUGGCCUUCAAACUUUCGGCAGAAACUCUGUACAUGCAAUGAGUGCCUUUCCAUGUACAAAGAUUUGGCUGUACUAUUUCUGAUAGACUCGGAGGACACAGUCGCUGCAUACGAAAUGUUAGGAAAAGAAAGAAGCAAUGGAAAUUCUCAGUAUGAGAAGGGCUUACAAGCUUUGUCCUCUCUUGACCGCAUACAACAAAUAAAUGCAGUCACUGAAUAUAACAAACUGCGAGAGAAAUUGUCAGAUUUCUUGAAGACAUUCAUGCUCAAAAAGGAAAUUGUAAAAGAAGAGGAUAUAAAAGCUUUCUUUGCUGGCAUGAAACCAAAACGGGAACCAGAUGGAGUUUAUUUCUGCAGAUAAAAUUUAUUAAUAAGUUUUUUAUAUAUUGUCAUUUAAUUUUUUUUAGAAUUACUGUUUAAAUAUUCCUCUGCUUUUAGUACCUUCAUAUUUGUUAAUGGAAAAGAGUACAUAAGUUAUAUU